AUGAAAGCAGUGACCGUUCUAUUACUCGCAGUUGCCACAGCUGUGGCCAUUCCCAUUGAUGAGAAUAGGCAAUCGGGUGAAGAGGGCUGGUAUGUGCCCCAACUCGAUGGCUCCUUCGAAUGGAUGACCGUGGCUGAAUCCGAAGAUUUAGCUAAGACACUAACCGGUCGUACGUCUACAGUUUCGGUUUAUUUCUACUUGUACACCAACGAAAACCCAAGCAGCCCAGAUACUUUGGUUACCGGAAAUGUGCAAUCGUUGAAAGCUUCGCAUUUCGACAAUAGUUAUCCCACUAAAUUCAUUAUUCAUGGCUGGCAAAAUAGCUACGAGUCCGAAUUGAACCCGCAAAUCCGUGAUGCCUUCUUGUCCAAUGGUAAAUACAACAUUAUUUCUGUAGAUUGGAGCGACAAAGCGACAUCCUAUUACGCUACCUCGAAAAGCUAUGUUUCCGAGGUUGGUAAACAGGUUGCCGCCAUGAUUGACUUUUUGUACAAGGAGGGUGGUCUAUCUUUUGACACCCUGCAUUUAAUCGGUCACAGUUUGGGCGCCCACAUCUCUGGUUUUGCCGGCAAAAAUGUAGAAAAUGGACGCAUUCAACAGAUUACCGGCUUGGACCCGGCAUCGCCGUUGUUCAGUUAUGAUAAACCAGCUGAACGUUUGUAUGAAGAUGAUGCCGAAUAUGUCGAAUCCAUCCAGACAUGUGGUGCUAUUUUGGGUUUCUUGAAACCAAUUGGCAAAGCUGCCUUCUAUCCCAACGGUGGCAAGAGUCAACCCGGUUGUGGUCUGGAUAUUGCCGGUGCAUGCUCGCACGGACGUUCAUGGAUGUACUAUGUUGAAGCUAUUUCCGAAAAUGAUUUUCCAUCGGUGAAGUGUGAAAGCUAUGAAAAUGCUGUGAAGAAUUCAUGUGGCAGCACUUAUUCCUCAAUUCGUAUGGCCGCUCCCAGUAACAUUGUCAGUGCCUCCGGUAAUUUCUACGUGCCCGUAAACAAGAAGAGCCCAUAUGGUAUGGGUCAGUAG